GCCUUCUGUUAACUCACAAGACAAGUUCUGCUGAACACAGAUACCAAGUCUUUGGAGUUAAACAGUUCAAAUAAAAACUAUAAGUAAAAUGCAGUAAGUAAAUGACAUCAGGGCUUUUUAUAGUGGUUCAAGGAACAACUUGUUCCUCUAGUCUACUGUUCCACUAAGCUUGUAAAAACGACCGUUUACAAUGCCUUAGCCCUAUCACUUAAGAAGCUAUCCACGUCUUCUUCAAGUGUAGAUGUCUCCUUGGAUGCACUUCUGGCUUCCUUAAGACUGGUCCUUUCACUGAGCUUUCCCGGAAGUAUCACCACUUCACUGCUCCAGGUACUUGGAUGUCCUUCUUGUGAAAGAAGAGUUUCUGUUAAAAACAUGGGUUCCUCCAACUUGCUUCGUUACAAAACAUUUGUAUAUGAAGAGCUUGAAGAGUUGAAGAACGAUUAGAACUUUGCUUGAGUUGGAAGUAGGAAGCUUUCCAACGUCUGCCUUCUCUUGUAAAAGAUAAUGAAGAUUUUAUCUCAAGGAGGCUUUUUGCGUUUUUAGCGUUUGAAUGUUUUGUAUGCGCACUGUUGUAGCAAAGUUAUCCGGUUGUUCUUCGUAGUGUAUCUUUUAUACUGAGGUUGUCUUCCCGUUGGAGGAGAAGGAGGACAACUGCAUUAAAUGAGCAGGCAGUUGACUUGACCAGUAGGACCCAGCAAAGUUGGCGGGUUACUAUUUUGGGAUAAAGCUAUCCUGACAUUGCGGCCAAUCAUCUGCAUUUACUCUACAGAGUAUGGGAGGCAUUAAAUGUGCAUUUAAUGCGCGUACUGUAGCUUUUCCGUUCAAGACUCCUAGCCGUUGAGGGAAUCUUCAGUUGGUUUACCGGCUUGGUGAAAUUCUUCUAAGUGUCAGGCCUUCUGGUGUCUUCAGCAGAGAGUCGAUCAGAGAAGGUCUAGAUCACUUCUGUUGGAGAAAGCUAUCAGAGAUUCUUGAGGGUUUCUGUUGAAGAUUUGUCCAACAGAAAACCAAUAGGGUUUCUGUCCGUGUAAAGGCUAACAGAGACCCAGAGGUCUUCUGUUCUGAAGCAGAGAGCCAAAGGUCUUCUGUUGAAACAAAGCCUAUCAACGGUCUUCUGUCUGGAGGUCUUCUGUUCUGUAGGCCUUCUGUUCUGGAGGCCUUCUGCCAGUCGACUAUACUAAAGAACUUUACAAGGAAAAAUUCUAAUACAUUAAAUCUAAAGAGGGGUACUCUAAAGUCCUAAUUAAUAUAGCAUCGUCAAAAUCUAAUUACAAAUAUUCCUUACAAUUUCCCCCUUUUUGAUGAUGCCAAAACCCUUUAACUAUUUCCAGAGAAGUGCCUUCACCAUAAAGAAUUAAAGUUUAAAACUUUCAUUAAAAUCUUGGUGGGCAACUUGGCAUAGGAAAAUAGUAAGAGUACAGUACAUUCAGAUAGCAGAUAAUAAAUCAUAGGUAUCAGAGCAAGAUAAGAAACACAGAAAGCAAACAAACACACAAAAGAGACAAAUGAGAAGGAAUUUCCUUACAAAAAGAGAGGUAGAGAUAUGAUUUUAUUAGAGACAGUUUACAGAAAGGAUUCCUUACACAUUCUCCCUAGUAGCUGUGGCCAGAGCUUCAUCUUCCAGUCUUUGAAGCCUUAGCAAUUCUUCAUUGAUUUCUUCUCUAAUAUGAGAUAGGUUACCAGAACUUUGAUAAGAUGCCCAGAUAGGAGAUAGCUUGCAAUCCAAGUAGCUAAGAACUCCUUCAUGAAUUGUCUUGCCAGGGACAAUGUUCUUCUGGUACCCAUCCUCUGCUUCUUCUAGGGAUCCCCCAUGUCUGACUCGUACAUACCCAUCCUUAUCUAAGAAGAGAUUAUGUUGCUGUGUGAGAGUCAUUUUCAUUUUCAUCUCUUCGAAUUGAACUCUGUCAAUUUUCUGGGAUCCACCCAAUCUCCAAUCAGUAAAACUAAGAAUCUUCUUCUUCUUGGUGCCCUUCUUAACUGGAGAUGGGGGUCUGGAUAUAGCGGCUGCUCUCUUCUUUUGUAUAGCCGCUUCAAAGUAGGGUGCAGGAUCAACAGUUGGUUCAGUAGAGGGGGAUGCUCUUGCAGAGGCUCUAGUGGACCGAGGCUUAGUCUGUUGAGGACCCUCUUCCCCUUUUUUGGCAUCAUGGAGGUCCUCUAGCAUGAGGUUGAUCUUCUGGAACUCUGAGGUCUGUGAGGUGGCUAUCUACUCAAGGGCAUCUAGUAGAGUCUGAGUGACAGAAGUGAGUCCUUCUAUCAGCCCUUGCUGCUUCUGGAUGGCAGAGAAGAUAUCUUUGUUGUUGGCUUCCACCAAUACCAUCUUCUGGUAUCUGUCUCUGUCAGCAGAGAGGAGAUGUUGAGCUUGAUCUUGGUGGACUUUGCACAUUUCUUCAAUGGUUAGCAAUUGCUUCUUAGUCCUGUGAUCAGAUCGUUGAAGAGUCUCAAGGUUCUCAGAUAUGGUGCUGAUGGCCUUACCUUGAACCAACAAAGUCUGGUGAAAUGUGAAGAGAGUCUUGUGAAUACUGUCCACUUCUGUUGAGAGUGCAUCUGUUAUGGCAGUGGAUGAAUCCAUGAAAUAAUUGAGGGAUUCUGUGAGAUUGGCAAAGCGAUCUGAAAUGAACUACAUUCCAGAGUUGAGGUUAUCAUUCACAUGUGAGAGGUGUUCGAAGUGUUUGUCAUUGAUCUGGAUAAGCUUGUCCAUUCCUUCUUGAACUUGACCACCAAACUCUUCUGUAGUCUGAACAAACCUAUUGAAAGGAAUUUGUGGCUCUGAUUCUUCAAAACUAGGCAUCCCCAGUCCCCUUGAUUUGGGCAUGGGAGCCCUUCUAGAAAUGUUGUCUUCAGCAGAUGAGGCUUGUUGUUGCUGAACUUCAUACUCAAGUUGUGUCAAAGGAGGGGUCUUCUGUCUCUUGGAUGAGGCUUCAUGAGGUUUGCUGACAAUGAAUCCACCCAUGCUUAAGGAGUCCUCAUAGGAUGAGUAGAUGGGUAUUGUGUUUCUGACAACACGUGUCUUUUUGUUGAAGGAAGGAUUGGAGGCUGUGGAAUUUCUGGAGUAGCCUUGAGGUGCUGGAACAGGAGACACAGUAGGUGGAUCUUGAGACUGAAGAGUGGCAGUCUGUAUAUGAAUUGGGUUCUGCUGGGGAGAGGGUGAUUUGGAUUUCUGUUGGGAGGAGGUUUUCUGGUGAGGAGAGGCAUUCUGUUGUAAAGGUGUGAUCUGAUGAGGAGGAGGGGGUGGAGGAGAAGGGGAUCGGUUUCUGAUAGGGGUGAGCUCUUUGCAGGUUGAUGGUGAUUUGGUUUUCUUAGUUGAAGAGUGAGGAAAGGUUGAGGUUUUCUGUUCUGAGGUUUUCGGUUGAAGGUUCUCUGUAGGAAGGGUUUCUGUUGGGAUGGUUUCAGUUGGAAUGAGAAGAGAGGGAAUUUGGGGUUCUGUUGAGAUAUGAGCAGAGUGGGUUGGGGAGAUUACCUCAAGUACAGUUUCUUCGAUCAGGGAUGCCCUCCAUUCUCUGAUAAGCUCCAUCAUAGCAUGUGUUGGUCCCGUUUGUAAUGAGAACAGUCUAGAGGGGGGGUGAAUAGACUGUUCAGGAAUUUAAACUUUUCUCUAAGUCAAAACUGACUUAUCAGAGAUGGUCGAAAUCUGGUGACAGAGAUGGUCAGGUUCUGAUGGCAGAACUAGACGAGGCAGCGGAUAAGUUUCUGUCCGGGUAGCCUCUAGAAGAAUGCUAAGGCAAAGUGCCUUUCUGAUAACUCUGAAAAAAGAUCUGCUGGACACAGAGUCCAACUUUAAGAGUUAAUCAGUAGAAUCUUAAGUGCGGGAAUUAAAAGCUUAAAGUAAAUGACACCGGAGUUUUUAUAGUGGUUCAAGGAACAACUUGUUCCUCUAGUCCACUGUUCCACUAAGCUUGCAAAGACAAUAGUUUACAACGCCUUAGUCCCUAUAACUUAAGAAGCACUCCUCGUCUUCUUCAAGUCUAGUUGCCACCCGGGAUGCAGUCCUGCUUCCUGAUGGCGGGUCUCGUUUCACUGAGUCUCUUGAAGUAUCCCCACUUCACUUACUCCAGUUAGUUUGAGACGUCCCUUCUUUUUCAAGAAGUGUUUGAUUCAAAAUCAGUUUUCUCCAACGUUGCUUCUUCACAAAGGAUGAGUAGAUGAAGUUUUCGAAGUGUUGAAGAACUGAGGAACUUUGCAACUUGCUUGUUGGAUGAAGGAUUAGAAAAUAUAUCUUCCAACUGAAGCCUUUUCUUGUUUAGAAUGAAGUUUGAAUCUCAAGAAGGCUUUGAGGUAUUUGAGUUAGAGUAGAAUAAUCUGAGCAAGUUCGUUUGGUAGAUGUUGUAGCAAAGUUAUUCUCUUAGUUCUUCAGAGUGUAUCUUAUAUACUGGGAGCAGUCUUCCCGUUGGAGUGUAGAAGACAGCUUCAUUAAAUGUUUGUACUGUUGACUUGACCGGUUGGACCUUCGACUUGCUAUUUUGGGGGCGUAAAGAUACUCGCAUGGUCAAUCAUCAGCUUUAAAUAUCUCUUCGUACGUACAACAUUAAAUGUGCAUUUAAUGCGUGUACAGUACCAUGUUUCCGUUGAAAGAUUCGUAACCGUUAGGGGAUUUCCCGUUAGUUUAACGACCGUUGGUAAGUGUUUUCGGAAUCUGGUGUGUGAGACAGAGUCUUAUGAGACUCUCUGGUUCAAUCUCUGAAGUCCGCCUCUGUUGCCAACUCUGGUAUCAACACAGAUAACCAGUUCUGAUUGCUUCUCUGGUGAGCAACUCUGGGAGCAACUCUGGUAGAAGCAAGGUGGAUCUCUGGCAAGCAGACUAAGCUAAAACUUACAAAAUAAAUUCUAAUACAAAAUUUCUAAAGGGGUACUUUCAAAUUCUAAUUAACCUAGCAUCAUCAAAAUCUAAAUACAUUUAUUCCUUACAGCAUGCCUUUCUGUCUUGGGUACAGAAGGUUCUCCUGGUGUAGAGUGAGGUUGCACAAAUUGUUUUGCCUUCUUGGCAAAUAGCCAUUCUUCAAAGACUUCUAUUUCUUCAUCUUCAAGGGGCUUGACUAUCUCCUCUGAAGAGGUGGAUAUGAGAACAACCUUUCCCUUGUAAUUUGCCUUCUUCUUCUCGAGGACAGAGUGCAGGAAGUUGAGGGCAAAGCACUUUGAGACAUCAUCAGUGCCCACCCACUUCAGUAUGGCCUCUUCUUCAGACUCAUAGUGGUUAAAGUAUUGGAUGAUCUUUUGGAGGGGUCCCAUCCUCCAUCUUCUCCAUUCCAGCACUCGAUCAAACUGUCUAUCCAGUAAAGAUAGAUACCCUUCUUUGUCUGUAUUGGGGUGUUCUGGUGAUGUUGGCACUCGGUUCUAUUCUGGGGUGGCAACAGAAGUGGGGUUCUCUGGUUCCACCUGAGUGUCUGCUACCUUCUCAGACACUGAGAUUACAGGUUUGAUGACCUUCUUCUUAGUUCUGGUGGUUCUCUUCCUCUUAAGUGCAACCUUCUUGGGUUGAGGAGGUGCAACUUAUUUGGUUUUCUUCUCCCUUUUCUUCUUCUUCUCCUCAGUGGGUGCAUCAGAGAGGGGUUUCUGAACCUUGUCUCCUUGUUGUCUCUUGUUAUCAAGCUGAAGCUGUCGCUUUAGUUCUGCCUUGAUAGCAAUUUCUCUAUUCGGAGAUGCAGACAGAAAGAUUACCUUAGUGUGAUCCAGAGGUGUGAUCUUCCUCAAGGUGACACCUUGUGUGAGUAGCAAUUCAGAGAUGAUCAAUCCAUGGCCUAACUUCCCAGAAUAUAGGCCUGUCUUGGGGUUCUUUUAUUUUGAUGAAUUCAAUGAGGGACCGCACCAUAACUUGUCCCCAGUUGACAUUUACUCCAUGAUGUACUGCAUAGAGGGCCUUUGCAUUUGCAGUAGUGACAUCAUCAGUGGAGGUAUACUUUCACCAUAAACAUUUGUGGAAAAUGUUAAUGAGGAGCUCAAAAUCCUUCUUGAGCAGGUGUUUCUUGAUGUUCACUUUUUCUACUUCUUCUCCUUUUCUGAAGUAGUUCCUUUUGAAUUCAGGAACAAUGACGUCAGCUUCUUCUAAAUCAAAUAGAGAGGCCCUGCCUUCUUCUAGUUGAAUGUCAAAAAUUUUGUUGAUGACGUCAUCAUCAACCAGUAUGUCCUCUCCUUGGACUUUAGAAGUGAUGGAUUCAUCUUUGUAGGAGGCGUUGAGGUAGAAUUCAACGGUAUAUAUGUUGCUGUAGACUUCAUAUGUGAAGGAGAUGACCUUGCUCAGUUGACAUUCUGUCAGUCCUUCAAUGAUGUUUGCCAUCCUUUCUUCUUUUUCUGCAAAUCUGGGUAGUACUUCCAAUUCGCACUUCGUCCCUGUCAACACAUUCUUGAGCAGUGUAGCUUUUUGCUCCUUAGAGAGGUCGGUGAAGUUCAAGAAAGCCUUAGCUGGAUUGAGAGGUUGGAGAGUUUUUAGAGAGAUAAAGAUUUGAAUGCUUGAGAGUAAUGAAAGAAGUAGCGGUUUAGGUUGGAACGAAGAGAAUAUAUGGGUACGGGUUAGUGGACGUUUGAGAUUAUUGGCGGUUCCAAGGUACCAAUAAAUGAAAAUGGGGGCGCAGUAAAUAUUUUGCGGCUGUAAUACCGUUUAAGGGUAGAAGGGUAAAAGACCUUCAUUAAUUUACUAGUGUAAGGAAUAUUUGUAAUUAGAUUUUGAUGAUGCUAUAUUAAUUAGGACUUUAGAGUACCCCUCUUUAGACUUAAUGUAUUAGAAUUUUCCUUUGUAAAGUUCUUAGUAUAAUCGAUUACCAGAAGGCCUCCAGAGCAGAAGACCUCCUGACAGAAGAUCUUUGGUUCUCUGCCUUAGAACAGAAGACCUCAGGGUCUCUGUUAACCUUUACUCUGACAGAAACCCUCCUGGUUCUCUGUUGGAUAUCUUCUCAACAGAAGUGCUCAAGACAUUCUCUGAUCAACUCUCUGUUAAAGACACCAGAAGGCCUGGCACUUAGAAGAAUUCCACCAAGCCGGAAAACCAACUGAAAGAUUCCUUCAACGGCUAGGAGUCUUGAACGGAAAAGCUACAGUGCGCGCAUUAAAUGCACAUUUAAUGCUCCCCAUACUCCGUAGAGUAAUUGCAGAUGAUUGGCCGCAAUGUCAGGAUAACUUUAUCCCAAAAUAGUAACCCGCCAAGUUUACCGGGUCCUACUGGUCAAGUCAACUGCUCGCUCAUUUAAUGCAGUUGUCCUCCUUCUCCUCCAACGGGAAGACAACCUCAGUAUAAAAGAUACACUACGAAGAACAACCGGAUAACUUUGCUAACUUUUGCUACAACUCUCAAUACAAGAUAUUAAAACGCCAAAAACGCAAAAAGCCUCCUUGAGAUUAAAUCUUCAUCAUCCUCUACAAGAGAAGGCAGAAGUUGGAAAAAUCCUUAUUUCCAACUCAAGCAAAGUUCAAGUGUUCUUCAACUCUUCAAGCUCAUCACUUACAAAUCCUUUGUAACGAAUCAAGUUGGAGGAGCCUCUGUUCUAAAUAGAACCUCCUCUUUCACAAGAAGGACGUCCAAGUACCUGGAGCAGUGAAGUGGUGAUACUUCUGAAAAGCUCAGUGAAAGGACCAGUCUUAGGGAAGCCGAAAGUGCAUCCAAGAAGACAUCUACACUUGAAGAAGACGUGGAGAGCUUCUUAAGUGAUAGGGCUAAGGCAUUGUAAACGGAAGUUUUUACGAGCUUAGUGGAACAGUGGACUAGAGGAACAAGUUGUUCCUUGAACCACUAUAAAAAGCCCUGGUGUCAUUUACUUACUGCUUUACAUUCAUUGUAUUUAUUUAAACUGUUUAACUCCAAAGACUUGGUAUCUGUGUUCAGCAGAACUUGUCUUGUGAGUUAACAGAAGGCCUACUGUCUUUGUUUCUCUGAGGCUACUAACAGAACUCCCUACCAGAACCCCAUCCGCUGCCAGUCUGUUCUGCCAACAGAACAGGCUAUUCUGUUAAAUCUGGUACUUAGCUUGAAAACGUUAAAAACCAAUACAGUCUAUUCACCCCCCCUCUAGACUGUAUCCAGUACAACCGGGACCAACAAGUGGUAUCAGAGCCUCCUUGUUCUAAUAAUCUCUUAGGUUAUUUGCUGAACAAAGAUCCACUUGUUUUUCUGUUUUUCCUCAUUUUUAUCUGAUAUAAUGGAUCACUCUCUGUCCAAGAAUCUUAUGUUCUCAGAUCUCAAAUUUGAUGACUGGAGGAUCCGGAUGAAGGCACAUCUCUGUGCUCUGCAUGAUGAGAUGUAGGAAGUGCUUGACAUUGGGCCCUUCACAAGCUUCCAGAAGGUCAACCCUGAACAUGCUAUUGACAACACUAGACCUCAGAUGAUCAAUAAGGCCAAAUCUGAGUGGACGACAGAAGAAAGAAGGAAGUACAAUCUGGACAACAUUGCUAAGGACAUUCUUUACAAGUCCAUCGAUGAUAGGUACUUCAACAGAAUAAAGAAGUGCAAGACUGCAAAGGAAAUCUGGGAUACUCUUGAGCUCAUUGGAGCUGGUGCUGAGCAAGAGAAGGACAACAAGCUGACAAUAGCCAACAAGAAGUUUGAUGACUUCAAACUUCUUCCUGGUGAAAGCAUCUCCAAGAUGUAUGACAGGCUCCUUACUCUCACUGGAGAGAUCUCGGAGCUUGGCAAGGAACUCACCACCAAGGAGAUCAACCUUAAGGUGUUGAGGGGACUGCCCUCAGCAUGGAAGAUGAAGGUGGUUGUUGUCCAAGCCAGCAAGGAUGUGAAGACUUAUCCCACUGAUAAGCUCAUUUUAGAUCUCAAAGCUCAUGAGUUUGAAAUGAUUGAAGAAAAAGAAGAUGUACCAGAAGAGAGGACCACUACAGCCCUCACUGCCAGCACAUCAAAGGUAAAUGAUUUUGACCCUUCAGUACUUUUAUCUGACGAAUAUAUGGCUGCUUUUGCUAGAUGAUUCAAGAAGUUCAUGAAGAAUCCUAAAGAUGGAAGAAGUCCAUCAUUCAGUAGAAAGCCAUUCCAGAAGGUCAAAACAACAGAAAGCAGUGGUGAGCUUCUCUGUUACAACUGCAGACAACCUGGACAUUUCAAGGCAGAAUGUCCACAUCCAAGAGUGUCCAAGAAACAAGGGCAUGAUGGAGAAAAGAAGAAAUAUGAAGAUAACUCCAGAAGAAGGAAAGCACUCGUGACAGAACAGUUCGAGAAAGACCCUCUGUCAGAGACAGAAUCCAGUUCUCACUCUGACUCUGAUGAGGCCUUCUGUUGCCUUGAUACUGAGACAGAAGACCUAUGCCUCAUGGCUCAUUCUGAUGAUGAGGUAACCUGUACUUCUACAUCUAGUUUUUCUUCGGUAGGCUUAGCUUUUGAUUCUGAUUCAAUGUCAGAAUUUUGGGAAGAGUUUAAGGCCAUCCAAGCCACUUAUUCUUCUGUAACAGAAGAAAACAGUAAGUUGAAAGCUGAAAUUCUUGACUUGAAAAAGGAGGUUGAGAUCAAAAUCAAUCUUCUAAUUAAGGAAAGAGAUCAGCUGGAGACUGAAAAUGUUUCUCUUCUCAAGAGAAUAAGAGAAAUAGAGCCUCUCGAGAUUAAGUACAAAGCUUACCAGAAGGCCCAGUCUUCCAUGGAAAAGAUUCUACUUGAUCAACAGAUUGGCACUAGUUUUGGUCUUAGUUAUGGCUCAACAGAAUCAGGUGAGCCUUCUGUAAUGCCUAGCACCAGUGUUGCUAAGGCAGAUAAGGUCAUAGUGCCACUGAUCUCUAGCCCCAUCUGUCAAGCUGGUGUAUCCGGCACCAAGGUUGUUCAUGAGGAAGUUAGACCAGAAAAGGGAAAGAUAAAGGUUCAACAGAAACCCUUUUUGAAAAAUAAUGAACCUGGCAGAAAACCUAACAACAGAAAAGGUUUUCAGGAUAACAAAAAUAAAAGACCAUUCAUUGACAGACAACCUCAUGACAAUCGUGCCAGAAAUGACCACCAGAAGGGCAAAUAACAAGAGAGAGUUAACUUUAGGCAGAAGAGGUUGGCUGGUCAACUUCAGAAGCCCAAAGCUAACCGUCCAUCUGCUCUUGAUAGUAUAUGGGACUUCUUUCCAACAAAGAAAGCUAUGCAAAAGUAUGUAAACAGGAAGCAUGACCCUCACAAGCAUCUGCCCAAAGUGAAUCAGACUUCAGUUUACUAUAACUACCAGGUGGACAAUGGGUACCACCCACCAAGGUUUCACCUGAUGAGACCAAAAUGGUACCAACUACCCAGACUCCAUGACCCCCCAGGACCUAACAUUGCUUGGGUACCUAAAUCUUUCUUUUGAUCUUGUAGAAACUGUGUGCUGGAGCUAUCUCAGAGCAAGAAUGCUUUAUUGAUAGUGGAUGCUCCAGGCACAUGACAGGUGACAGAAGUUGUCUAACUGAGUUCCAGAAAUGCAAAGGACCUAGAGUUACCUUUGGAGGUAAUGACAAAGAAGGUCAAACAAAAGGAAGAGGAAAGCUGAUCAAGAACCAGAUAGUCAUUGAUGAUGUCUCAUAUGUCAAAGGACUGAAGUUCAACUUGCUGAGUGCUAGCCAAUUCUGUGACAAAGGCUACACUGUUGAAUUCACAAAGGACUUCUGUUAUGUGAAGCAUGAGACAACAAAAGAAGUGGUUCUUACAGCAUCAAGGAAGAAGAACAUCUAUGUGGUUGAUUGGAACACUGCAAAGGAUGGAGUUUGCCUGAUAGCCAAGGGAGAUUCAAAACUAAGCUGGGACUGGCACAAGAAGCUUAGCCAUUUGAACUUCAAAACAAUCAACAAACUGGCAAGAGAACACAUAGUUGAUGGACUGCCAGACAUAGUCUACAAGAAAGAGACCCUCUGCAGUGCAUGCCAGAAGGGAAAGCAAUAGAAGAACUCUUUCAAACCCAUUGCUGGAGAUCUUUCUACAAGUCCUUUAAAUCUGAUCCACAUGGAUUUAUUUGGACCUGUUGAAACUCCAAGCGUUGGUGGCAAGAAAUACACCCUAGUCAUGAUUGAUGACUAUUCCAGAUAUACAUGGACUAUCUUUCUGUCAAAGAAAAAUGAAACUCUUCAGAAGUUGCCAUCUCUGUUAAAGCAACUUCAGACUGAGAAGAACUCUAAUGUUAAGACAAUCAGGUCUGACAGAGGAACUGAAUUUGUCAACCAAGUCAUAAAGGAUUUCUGUGAUCAAAAUGGAACCUUUCAUCAACUCUCUGCCGCCAGAACCCCUCAACAGAAUGGCGUAGCAGAAAGGAGGAACAAAACUUUAAAAGAAGCUGCAAGAACAAUGAUUGCAGAAUCUGGACUACCUAUGAGAUAUUAGGCUGAAGCAAUCAAUACUGCAUGCUAUACUCAGAACAGAAGCAUGAUCAACAAGAAUCACCAGAAGACCCCUUAUGAACUCGGGAAAGGAAGAAAACCCAACAUCAAUUACUUUCAUGUGUUUGGAUGCAAAUGCUACAUCCUUAACAAUGGAAAGGAGAAUCUGAAAGUCUUUCAAGAGAAAGCUCAUGAAGGUGUCUUUAUAGGCUAUUCAAACACCAGUAAAGCCUAUAGAGUACUCAACAGAAGGACUCUACAUGUUGAAGAGUCUAUACAUGUGAAGUUUGAUGAUAGCACCUCUGUUAAAGAAGUAACAUAGAUCCUCAAGGAAGUAAGCAUAGAAGACAGAACACCAGACCCAACAGAAGAGGUAGCAGAUAACCCUGCAUUUCCAACACCUGCACCAAACCCCCUUCUGCUGAAUAAAGAUGAAGACUCAGAAGAUGAAGAACAAGAAAGACCCAGACAACAACUGACAGAACCUAACCUGACAUGGUUAAGAGACCAUCCCCCUAAUCAAGUUAUUGGGCAUAUCAGAAGUGGUGUGCAGACAAGAUCAGCAUCAACAAGGAGAGAAGCAAUGCUUGCCUGCUAUAUAUCUCAGAUGGAACCCAUGACUGUGGAAGAAGCUCUUGCAGACUCAGAUUGGAUCAAUGCAAUGCAAGAAGAGCUGACUCAAUUUGAAAGGAACAAAGUAUGGGAACUUGUUCCUAGGCCAAAGCACCAGAAUGUCAUUGGAACAAAAUGGGUAUUCAAGAACAAAGCUGAUGAAGAUGGCAACAUUGUAAGGAAUAAAGCAAGGCUGGUAGCUAAAGGCUAUUGCCAAGAAGAAGGAAUAUGUAACACCCAAAAAAAAACUCUUAAAAUAAAAUCAGAUAUAAAUUAUCUGAUAAAUUAUUAAAAGUGAAACAAGUUAUUGAUAAAAUAAUUAAUACGAGUAAGUAAUAAUAGUACUAGCUUAACUCAUACGUAUACAUCACUUAAAUAAGAUGCAAUGCACUACGUAGCAUAACUAACACACCAUACCCUGAUGAUGAUGCACAUGACUCGCAUACAUAUACAUACACACGUAAUACAUACAUGUAUUACAUACAUACAUACUUGAUGCAAGUAACGUAUAUGCAUGCAUACAUGCAUCAUUAUUGUUAUAAACAUAAACUUACAGUUUGAUUAGUAUAGACAGUAACGGGCAACUAAAACGGAUCAGAUUAAUGAUAUGCAUUAAUCAAUCUUAUUAAGUUAUCAAGUAAAUAGCAUUAAGCCUCAAACGGCUGGAGGGAAUUGAACGGUCAGGACCUCUAUACAUUCGUCGAGCACAUGGCAGAAACACGUGAAACUAGAGAACCUAUAUAUACAUAAAUACUUUGUAGGAUAAAACAAAACUAAAGCUAUAGCUAAGCAGACGAUCUCUCAAAUUUUCGGUAUAAAUCGAAAGAAGAUAGUGAGGAUGCUCCACGUCGGAAAAUCGCUAUAGGGCUUCCGGGCUGAUUCUACGCCGGACUGUCGGAGUAGCAUAACAGGUUUGCCGCAAAGAGAAGGAGUUAGCGCCGGAGAAGAAGAAGUUGGUGCCGCCGGACCAAAUUGCUGCUGCCGCUGUUGCUCGACCGGAAAGCCAUCGGGUGCCUCCAUCUCCAUCAGAAAGGAAGCCAUCCCGCCGCCGUCUGAGCCGGCUGGUCACCGCCGGAAGCUAGAGCCUUGCGUCGCCGCCGGUACCGCAUUAAGAAGAACGAAGUGAUUAUUUAGAGACCGGAGUAGAAGAAGAGAAUUAGGAGCACCCGGACUAGAGGUAAGUUUCUCUGCCAAUCCAAAAAUCGUUUCCUCGUAUUAUAUAUGUAUUAUGUGAUACGUGAUUUUUAAGUGUGAAGUAUGACUUUUAUGCAUGUGAUUCUGAGAUGAUUCGUGAAACUAAGUGCUUUUAGGGGGUGCACACACUUAAGGUAGUCGUUUCGUUUCCAAUAGAGUAGUUGUGGUACCGGCACUUGUCCGGGGUGGCCGUCCGUAACCACGGUCCACCGGGCUCUACCGAAAGGUUGAGCACCGCCCUUCUAAAUUACUAGGAAGUUAGAGAAGAAGUGAUUUUUGAGGAAAUCAAGGAGAAGAGUUAUUAUGAAGUUUUAAAGAGAAGUUGAGGAUUUUCGUGAAGAAGUAGUUUUGAGAAAAAUCAAAGUGAAAAGAAUUUCGAUGGUGUGAGUAUUUUUAUAUAUUAUUAUAUAAAGAUCUAUUUUAGUCAAACACGAUUAUUUUACGGGGUUGGGUAGUACUUACUUAGCUCUAAAGCUAAUUUUUGUUUUCUUUUCCUUGUUUUGUUUCUGCACUUUAUUUGUGCAGUUGAGGAUGAUUUUGUCGAUUGAUGAUUGCUUGCAUGGCCCGAGAGCGAAUUAGAAGUCGCCUUAGUUAUACUAGUCAUGAAAUAAACAUUUACUUUACAAACACUUUAUUUUUAUUAAAUUAGUUGUUAUGUUUUAGUUGCCUGUGCAUCCGGUUGAGAGAUGACCGGAUGUGGCGGUAACACCCAUUUCCCUUAUUAAGACUUCCGCUGUACUUUCUUUAAAUUUUCAUUAUCAAUAAAUAAAAGUUUUAUUUCAAUUAUAUCAACGUUUUGGGUGGGAAAUUUGGGGGUGUUACAAAUUGGUAUCAAAGCCUUUAGUUUUCCCGAAAGGACUAGAACACGAGGUAAUAGGUCGUAGGGAGAAAAUCUGUCACAAAGACGAUAACAGUCUAAGCUGGUUGGUGCAUAAUUGAGCCUCCGCGCUCGUCCAACUAACUGGGAAUUUCUCCUUGUGCUGAAACUUCGUUGUUUGAAAUUUUUGACGAAAACUAUGGGUUUGAUGAGGGAUUUUCAAAAAUGUUUUCCUAAAAUUUGGAGAAUGAAUAUACUAGGAAAGAGGCCUUUUAGGAACGCGGUGAGAGGGAGAAACCUUGCGAAAUUAUUGAGUUAUGAAAUGCAUGGGAUUCAUGCCUCUGUGAAGUAUGUGGAAUAUGUGAUACACUAUGUGUACUAUUUGUUCUAAGAAUCUGAAGUUAGUAGAGAAUUUGUAUAGAAUCCUUAUGUAUGCAUUAAUACUUAGUACGGGUUUUUCUUUAUUAAGAAACAUGCCGCCAAGAAGAAACCCCCAUGCAACCCCAACUGUUGAGGAGUUGGCUCAAACUAUUCAGCAGAUGGCGCAACACAUUGGAGCAGCUCAAACCCAUAACCAAGGGGUUGACUAUGCGACGCGCGUAGCCGGAAGGAACCCCCCAAAAUACCUGGGGGAGGAGGAUCAUCUGAUUUUAGAAGACUGGAUCCGAACCUUCGACAAGCUCUUUGAUUCGCUCAACUGCCCGUUGGAGCAGCGAGUAAACAUAGCGGUGUACUACUUGCACCAAGAGGCGGAUCAUUGGUGGGCUGCCACCGGAUCCACCCUGCUCGAGCAACCGGGAUUUUGUUGGGAAGACUUCAAGAUAGCCCUACGCGACCGUUUCUAUCCGGACCAUGUGAAAGAGGCAAACUAUGAUGAGUUUGUCAACUUCAAGCAAGGAGAUUUAACUGUCCAAGAGUACCACACGAAGUUUGUCCAACAGGCCCGCUUCGCCAAAGAGCUGGUAUCCACUGAGGCCAGCAUGACCCGAAGGUUUGUGAAUGGGCUGAACUUUGGCGCCCAAAAGUCCGUAACCGUGACAGAGCCGCGGAACAUGAAUGAGGCGUACCGGAAGGCUGGGAAGUACUACAUGAUACAUCAGAAGGAGAGGGAAGCGCAGAAGAGAGACCGGAAGAUUGUCGAGGUAGAACAGCAGCAAAAGAAGGCCCGAACUGACCGCCCAGAGCCAAGACAAAACAACCAAAACGGUAGAACCGUCCAAGGCCAGGGUCAGGGAAGGAAUCAGCCCGCUCAGGUACGGCACUACAAAUGCAAACUGUGCCCAAACAACCAUCCCGGGAAGGAUUGUGCGGGAAAUGCGGUGAGAUGUUACAACUGUAAUCUCAUGGGACAUCGGGCAUAUGAGUGCCGGAAACCUCCGAGCCAGGGUCAAAACCAAGGGAACAACCAAACUGGGGGCGGGAAUAAUCACGCUAACACCAACCGUGGUAAUCCCGGUAAUCGCCCAGCGGAGGCUAACCGAAACCAAGGCCCGGGAGGGCAAACAACACUCAAGGCCGCAUCUACGUCAUGAACCAGGCUCAAGCAAAUGCACACGAUGUGGUGUCAGGUACCUUUCUUGUAAACUCCAAACCUGCUUAUGUGCUGUUUGAUUCAGGUGCAUCCCACAGCUUCAUAGCAUCAAAAUUCGUGGAAAGGACGAAGCUAGAACCUACCACUAAGCUUAGUCUUAAUGUAAAAACGGCCUCCAACCAAGUGGUGGCAUGUGGGAGUGUUUUCUCUAACGUUCCCAUAGUCAUAUCCGAUACCGAACUACCCGGAGAUCUAAUCCAAUUUGACCUGGAGGAUAUCGACGUGGUGUUGGGUAUGGACUGGCUAGGGAAAUAUAAAGCCAAAAUCCUAUGCGACGAGCAGAAAGUGGUCUUGAGAGGACCCAACAAAAAACGUGUAUCCUACAAAGCAGUUACAUCUAAACCGGGAGUGAAGCUAGCAACCAUGCAACAAGUCAAACGAUAUGUCCGAAAAGGGUAUGAAGUUUUCUUGUGCAGGAUCAAAGACUUGACCUCCGUGGAUCCGACCAUUGAUCAAAUCCCGGUGGUCAAUGAGUUUCCGGAUGUAUUUCCAAAAGAGAUUCUGGGGAUGCCACCAGAGAGGGAAGUCGAGUUUUCAAUCGACCUUCUGCCGGGCACCGCACCCAUCUCAAAGGCACCAUACCGAAUGGCACCGAAGGAAAUGCAAGAACUGAAGGAACAACUCGAAGAAUUAUUGGAGAAAGGCUACAUCAAACCGAGUAUCUCACCUUGGGGUGCUCCGGUCUUGUUUGUGAAGAAGAAGGAUGGGAGUCUGAGACUCUGCAUUGACUAUAGAGAGCUGAACAAAGCAACCAUCAAGAACAAAUACAUGCUGCCUCGCAUUGAUGACCUCUUUGAUCAACUGAGGGGAGCUAGCACGUUUUCCAAAGUUGAUUUGAGAUCCGGGUACCAUCAAGUGAGGAUUUCUGAGAAAGAUAUCCCGAAGACGGCCUUUCGAACGAGGUACGGACACUAUGAGUUCACCGUAAUGCCGUUUGGCCUCACCAAUGCACCUGCGGUAUUUAUGGAUCUCAUGAACCGUGUGUUCCGACCCUACCUCGAUCUGUUCAUUGUGGUGUUCAUUGACGACAUCCUGGUGUACUCCAAGACACCAACCGAGCAUGAAGAACAUAUGAGGAUAGCACUGCAAACUUUGAGAGAGAAUCAGCUAUAUGCCAAACUCUCAAAGUGUGAUUUCUGGAGGGAUCAGGUAGCAUUCUUGGGCCACAUCAUCACCCGAGAAGGGGUAUCCGUUGACCCGUCAAAGAUCGAAGCGGUGACUGACUGGCCUGCACCCAAAACCGUGAUGGAGGUCCGGAGCUUUUUAGGUUUGGCGGGCUAUUAUCGUAGAUUCGUGAAGGAUUUCUCAAAGAUAGCAAAGCCUUUGACUAAUCUCACGAAGAAGACAACGAAGUUCAUAUGGAGUGACGAAUGCAAACAAGCUUUCCAAGAGCUGAAGCAAAGGUUAACAACAGUGCCUGUCUUGACCCUACCGUCCGGUACUGAGGGGUUCGAGAUUUACACUGAUGCUUGUCUGAGGGGGUUGGGGUGUGUAUUGAUGCAAAACGACAAAGUGGUGGCCUACGCAUCAAGACAACUAAAGACCCAUGAGGUCAACUACCCGACUCAUGACCUGGAACUGGCAGCGGUUAUCUUUGCUUUGAAGCUAUGGAGACACUAUCUCUACGGGGCACAAUGUAAAGUCUACACUGAUCACAAGAGCCUGAAGUACAUUUUCACCCAAAAGGAUCUUAACAUGAGACAAAGACGCUGGCUAGAACUCGUCAAGGACUAUGACUUGGAGAUCCAAUACCAUGAAGGCAAAGCAAACGUAGUUGCCGAUGCGGUGAGCCGAAAAUCAACCCACUCCUUCAAAGCAGCAUGGAUACUAUCUGAUGAACUUUACCGGGACUUUCAAAAGCUAGACUUGGAUGUUCGGGAUUUCGGAGAGGUAGAGCGGGAAACACGGUUACUCACCUUGACCGUUACCCCAUCUAUCUUCGACGAAAUUCGUGAAGGGCAGCCUGGAGACAUAAAGCUAAACCGAAUCCGAGCAGGUAUGACAAAUGGCGUGAACGGUCCGUUCAAACUGCACGAAGACGGGAGCAUUCGACACAAAGGAAGGUGGUGUGUCCCGAUGAAAUGUGAAGAACUUAAAAGGAAAAUUCUGGAGGAAGGGCACAACACGCCUUACUCGGUACACCCUGGGGGCGAUAAACUCUACAAAUACAUCAAAAAGAAUUUUUGGUGGCCAAAGAUGAAGAAAGAGGUAGCCGAGUUCGUGGUCCGAUGCUUAAACUGUCAGAAGGUGAAAGCCGAACGUUGCAAGCCCAAGGGACUCGUACAAUCCUUGGAAGUACCAAAGUGGAAGUGGGAUUCCAUCUCCAUGGACUUUGUUGGGGGCUUACCCCUAACCAAGUCUGGCAAAGACAAGGUUUGGGUCAUAGUUGAUCGGUUAACAAAGACCACUCGCUUUAUCCCAAUGAACGAAACUUGGAGCAUGGAGAAAUUAGCCCGAGCUUACAUCAAACACGUGGUUAAGUACCAUGGAGUUCCACAAGACAUCGUUUCUGACCGUGAUUCUAGAUUUCUAUCUCAAUUCUGGAAGGAAUUGCAAGCCACCAUGGGGACGAAGCUGAAGCUGAGUACUGCCUUUCACCCAACCACCGAUGGGCAAACGGAGCGGACCAUCCAAACACUCGAGGACAUGCUGAGAGCAUGUAUACUGGACCUGCAAGGGUCAUGGGACGAACAGUUAGACUUAAUAGAGUUCUCGUACAACAAUAGCUACCACACCAGUAUCAAGAUGGCCCCGUACGAAGCUCUAUAUGGUCAAAAGUGUAGAAGCCCAAUAUGCUGGGGUGACAUGGUGGAUAAAGUGGUGUUAGGGCCGGAUUACCUCCAAGACACCAUUGAGAAAGUAAAGAUGAUUCAAGCGAGGAUGAAGGCAGCUCAAGACCGUCAGAAAUCUUAUGCAGACUUGGGAAGGAAGCCUGCCGAAUUCGAAGCGGGAGAGAAAGUCCUACUCAGAGUCUCCCCGACCAAGGGGGUAAUGAGAUUUGGGAAAAAGGGAAAGCUAAGCCCGAGGUUCAUAGGCCCUUAUGAUAUCCUCGAAUGAGUGGGAAGAGUAGCAUAUCGGCUAGCUCUACCCACCGAGUUGGCUAAGGUACACCACACUAUAACCCGCUCAUUAAGUAGUGAUUACCUGAUUACAAAUCUCUGUAGUGUGCAUUUCGCGUAGGUACACAAUGUUUUCCAUAUCUCCCAAUUGAAGAAGUAUGUCCACGACGAAUCCCAUAUUCUUAGCCCCGAGGUACGAAUCGUAACCUUAUGAUAAUUAGAUCAAAGUAUCACAUCUAACCUCGACUCUCUUAGGUGGUCGAGUUGGAUGAAUCGUUGACCUAUGAGGAGAAGCCGAUCCAGAUUUUGGACACUAAGACUCGUGAGACUAAGAGGAAAGCGGUUAAGAUGGUGAAAGUGUUAUGGUCUAACCACUUGGCCGAAAACGCCACCUGGGAAACUGAGGAUGAUAUGCGCAAACGCUACCCUGAACUAUUUGAUUAAGGUAAUGCUUAACUGCAGGGACGGAACAUCUCUUCUAGGGGUAGCCUAUAAUACUUGGUAAUUCAUACUUAUGUCUUAGCCUUGCUUCGGGGACGAAGCAACCCUUUAAGGAGGGUGGAAUGUAAUACUUAAGAAUUUUAUCAUUUGACUUAAGUUUAAGCUUUGGGACUACGCACCUCUUAAAGGGGUAUAGAUUAAAAACACUGGUAUUAAUAAAACCGUUGUAGCUUAUGCUUCGAGGGCGAAGCAUUCUUUAAGGGGGAUGGAAUGUAACACCCAAAAAAAAACUCUUAAAAUAAAAUCAGAUAUAAAUUAUCUGAUAAAUUAUUAAAAGUGAAACAAGUUAUUGAUAAAAUAAUUAAUACGAGUAAGUAAUAAUAGUACUAGCUUAACUCAUACGUAUACAUCACUUAAAUAAGAUGCAAUGCACUACGUAGCAUAACUAACACACCAUACCCUGAUGAUGAUGCACAUGACUCACAUACAUAUACAUACAUACGUAAUACAUACAUGUAUUACAUACAUACAUACUUGAUGCAAGUAACGUAUAUGCAUGCAUACAUGCAUCAUUAUUGUUAUAAACAUAAACUUACAGUUUGAUUAGUAUAGACAGUAACGGGCAACUAAAACGGAUCAGAUUAAUGAUAUGCAUUAAUCAAUCUUAUUAAGUUAUCAAGUAAAUAGCAUUAAGCCUCAAACGGCUGGAGGGAAUUGAACGGUCAGGACCUCUAUACAUUCGUCGAGCACAUGGCAGAAACACGUGAAACUAGAGAACCUAUAUAUACAUAAAUACUUUGUAGGAUAAAACAAAACUAAAGCUAUAGCUAAGCAGACGAUCUCUCAAAUUUUCGGUAUAAAUCGAAAGAAGAUAGUGAGGAUGCUCCACGUCGGAAAAUCGCUAUAGGGCUUCCGGGCUGAUUCUACGCCGGACUGUCGGAGUAGCAUAACAGGUUUGCCGCAAAGAGAAGGAGUUAGCGCCGGAGAAGAAGAAGUUGGUGCCGCCGGACCAAAUUGCUGCUGCCGCUGUUGCUCGACCGGAAAGCCAUCGGGUGCCUCCAUCUCCAUCAGAAAGGAAGCCAUCCCGCCGCCGUCUGAGCCGGCUGGUCACCGCCGGAAGCUAGAGCCUUGCGUCGCCGCCGGUACCGCAUUAAGAAGAAUGAAGUGAUUAUUUAGAGACCGGAGUAGAAGAAGAGAAUUAGGAGCACCUGGACUAGAGGUAAGUUUCUCUGCCAAUCCAAAAAUCGUUUCCUCGUAUUAUAUAUGUAUUAUGUGAUACGUGAUUUUUAAGUGUGAAGUAUGACUUUUAUGCAUGUGAUUCUGAGAUGAUUCGUGAAACUAAGUGCUUUUAGGGGGUGCACACACUUAAGGUAGUCGUUUCGUUUCCAAUAGAGCAGUUGUGGUACCGGCAUUUAUCCGGGGUGGCCGUCCGUAACCACGGUCCACCGGGCUCUACCGAAAGGUUGAGCACCGCCCUUCUAAAUUACUAGGAAGUUAGAGAAGAAGUGAUUUUUGAGGAAAUCAAGGAGAAGAGUUAUUAUGAAGUUUUAAAGAGAAGUUGAGGAUUUUCGUGAAGAAGUAGUUUUGAGAAAAAUCAAAGUGAAAAGAAUUUCGAUGGUGUGAGUAUUUUUAUAUAUUAUUAUAUAAAGAUCUAUUUUAGUCAAACAUGAUUAUUUUACGGGGUUGGGUAGUACUUACUUAGCUCUAAAGCUAAUUUUUGUUUUCUUUUCCUUGUUUUGUUUCUGCACUUUAUUUGUGCAGGUGAGGAUGAUUUUGUCGAUUGAUGAUUGCUUGCAUGGCCCGAGAGCGAAUUAGAAGUCGCCUUAGUUAUACUAGUCAUGAAAUAAACAUUUACUUUACAAACACUUUAUUUUUAUUAAAUUAGUUGUUAUGUUUUAGUUGUCUGUGCAUCCGGUUGAGAGAUGACCGGAUGUGGCGGUAACACUCAUUUCCUUUAUUAAGACUUCCGUUGUACUUUCUUUAAAUUUUCAUUAUCAAUAAAUUAAAGUUUUAUUUCAAUUA